UUGACAGGGUUAUUUAACCUCCGAGGUUCAGAUAUUGACUAUAAUCCAGUCUUCUUUGCAUAUYCAAUAGUGACAAUGGAUAACGUCAGCUUAUUCAUUGARGAAACAAAACUUGAUGUUUCUGCAAGAAAGCACCUUAGUAUCAAUGGUGAUGGUGGAGAUGGGGUUGACCUCAUUAUUCAUGAAUACAGUGAUAUAAAGUCUUCUGUUAAACAACUUGUUGAAAAUGAUAGAAAAAUAUGGAUCAGCAAAACGUCAAGUGUUGCACUGACUUCAAUUGUUCCAGAGGCAAAUCUCAUCACUGAAAACUCUCCUAUCACUUACCUCAAAGCAUUGAAAAACAGCACUGAAAUAGAGGGCAUGAGACAGGCUCAUAUUCGUGAUGCUGUUGCUCUCACCGAAUUUUUCUGCUGGCUUGAGCAAGAGGUCCCAAAAGAUGAAUUAACUGAAAUCACUGCAUCUGAUAAACUAGAGGAGUUGCGUAGGGAUCAAGAUGAUUUUGUAAGUCUCAGUUUCCCUACUAUAUCCGGUGUUGGAUCAAAUGGAGCCAUUAUUCAUUAUCGGUCCUCUAAAGAAACAGAUCGCAUGAUUUCAAGAAACGCGCUGUAUUUGUGUGACUCUGGCGCCCAGUACAAGGAUGGUACAACCGAUGUUACUCGUACAGUACAUUUUGGAACACCAACUCGAUAUGAACAGGAAUGUUUUACAAGAGUUUUUAAAGGUCACGUGGCCUUGGCGUCAGCGGUAUUCCCCAACAAGACGACAGGUCACAGGAUGGAUAUCCUAAGUCGUAAGGCAUUAUGGGAUGUUGGGCUAGACUUUCAGCAUGGUACAGGACACGGUGUCGGGGCGUUCCUGAAUGUGCACGAAGGUCCACAGAGAAUAAGCUUCCGUGCAAGAGAAGACGAAGUACCAUUCGAAGAAGGAAUGAACAUUACAAUAGAACCUGGGUAUUAUGAAGAAGGCAAGUUUGGAAUUCGUAUCGAAAAUGUCUAUAAUGUCAAGAAAGUUGAGUUAGAGCACAACUUUCUUGGAAAAGGUUUCCUAGGAUUUGAACCA